GCAGUGACGUCAUCCUGUUGCGAAGGGCCACUGAAGAAGGAUGGGACACCAGACAUGAGGUUUGCUUUCAACAAGCAAUCUGCUUCCUCAAUGUCGUCAUUGCCAUCGUACAGCAGUGCAUGUGGUCCAAUUAGGAAAACCGGCGCACCAGAUAUGACAUAUGCAACAAACAAGCCAUACUAUGAUGGUCCAUCGUCCUCAGAGUAUCGGUCUGGUGGUUCUUUCUACAGCACUGAGUUAUUGGCCAGUCUCGCAUCUCCUGGUCCGCUUAAGAGCGACGGUACUCCAGACAUGAGAUAUGCUGCAAACAGAUCUUUAUAUGCGAGUCCAUACUCUUACGGUGGAUCAAACUACAGCUCAGGAUCGUCUUCUAUUGAUGGCACACCAGAUAUGAGGUAUGCAGCAAACAAGCCUUGCUAUGAUGGUCCAUCGUCCUCAGGAUAUUGGCCUGGUGGUUCAUUCUACAGCGCUGAGUUAUUGGCCAGUCUCGCAUCUCCUGGUCCGCUUAAGAGCGACGGUACUCCAGACAUGAGAUAUGCUGCAAACAGAUCUUUAUAUGCGAGUCCAUACUCUUACGGAGGAUCAACGUACAGCUCCGGAUUCGCGUCUUUUAGUGAAAGUAGUUUUCAUGGAUCCAGUUCGUGUGGACCACUGAAAAGUGAUGGUACUCCGGACAUGAGGUAUGCUGCAAACAAGUCUUUAUAUGGUAGUUCGUCGUCGUAUGGGGGAUCAACCUACAGCUCCGGAUUCGCGUCUUCUAGUGAAAGUAGUUUUGAUGGAUCCACUUCAUAUGGACCACUGAAAAGUAAUGGUACUCCGGACAUGAGGUAUGCUGUAAACAAGUCUUUAUAUGGUAGUUCGUAGUUCGUCCUAGUAUGGGGGAUCAACCUACAGGUCCGGAUCGUCUUCUAGUGAAAGUAGUUUUGAUGGAUCCACUUCAUAUGGACCACUGAAAAGUAAUGGUACUCCGGACAUGAGGUAUGCUGUGAACAAGUCUUUAUAUGGUAUAGUUCGUAGUUCGUCGUCGUAUGGGGGAUCAACCUACAGGUCCGGAUCGUCUUCUAGUGAAGGUAGUUUUGAUAGAUCCACUUCAUAUGGACCACUGAAAAGUGAUGGUACUCCGGACAUGAGGUAUGUUGUAAACAAGUCUUUAUAUGGUAGUUCGUCGUCGUAUGGGGGAUCAACCUACAGGUCCGGAUUCGCGUCUUCUAGUGAAAGUAGUUUUGAUGGAUCCAGUUCGUGUGGACCACUGAAAAGUGAUGGUACUCCGGACAUGAGGUAUGCUGUAAACAAGUCUUUAUAUGGUAGUUCGUCGUCGUAUGGGGGAUCAACCUACAGCUCCGGAUUCGCGUCUUCUAGUGAAGGUAGUUUUGAUGGAUCCAGUUCGUGUGGACCACUGAAAAGUGAUUGUACUCCGGACAUGAGGUAUGCUGUAAACAAGUCUUUAUAUGGUAGUUCGUCGUCGUAUGGGGGAUCAACCUACAGCUCCGGAUUCGCGUCUUCUAGUGAAAGUAGUUUUGAUGGAUCCAGUUCGUGUGGACCACUGAAAAGUGAUCGUACUCCGGACAUGAGGUAUGCUGUAAACAAGUCUUUAUAUGGUAGUUCGUCGUCGUAUGGGGGAUCAACCUACAGCUCCGGAUUCGCGUCUUCUAGUGAAAGUAGUUUUGAUGGAUGCACUUCAUAUGGACCACUGAAAAGUGAUGGUACUCCGGACAUGAGGUAUGCUGUAAACAAGUCUUUAUAUGGUAGUUCGUCCUUGUAUGGGGGAUCAACCUACAGGUCCGGAUUCGCGUCUUCUAGUGAAAGUAGUUUUGAUGGAUCCAGCUCGUGGGGACCACUGAAAAAGGAUGGUACUCCGGACAUGAGGUUUAAAGCCAAUAGACGCUAG